AUGACUUCCUCUCGCAUCAGCUCGUCCCACGCCCUGGGCUGCACCAACACCCUCGGCGCAAGAAAUGUCUGCGUCUCCUCUGCUGACCUUGGUGGCCAGCCUGCGGCAGAGGUCAACGCCGACCCCCUGUGCCUCUUAGACACCCUGGCCCAUGCCAACCGACCCUGCCUCUGUAUGCCCCAGAGCUGCAACACCACCUGCCCCUUGCCAGGGACCUGCGACAUUCCUGGCACCAUUGGGGUCCGUGGGGCCUAUGGUGAGGGCUUCCUGAACAGCCACGAGAAGCUGACCAUGCAGUUCCUGAAUGACCGGCUGGCCAGCUACCUGGAGAAGGUGCGGCAGCUGGAGGAGGACAACGCGGACCUGGAGAAGCAGAUCCUGGAGAUGAGCAAACGCCACGAGUCCACCAUGCGGGACUACCAGGGCCACGUGUGCACCACCAAGGAGCUGCAGCAGAAGACCCUGUGCAUCAAGGCUGAGAACGCCGGGCUGGUCGUCCAAGUCGACAAUGCCGAGCUGGCCGUCCAUGACUUUGGGACCAAGCACGAGACUGAGCGCUCCCUGCGCCAGGUGGUGGAGGUGGACCUGUGAGGGCUGCACAAGCUGCUGGAUGACCUGAGCCUGGCCAAGGCUGACCUGGAAGCCCAGCAGGAGCCCCUGAAGGAGAAGCAGCUCUGCCUCAAGAGCAACCGUGAGCAGGAAGUGAACACCCUGAAACGCCAGCUGGGGGACAAGCUCCGCAUUGAGCUGGACGCGGUGCCCACCAUGAACCUGGGCACGGUGCUGGAGGAGACACGGUGCCCGUACAAGGCUAUGGUGGAGACCCACCGCCGUGAUGGGAAGCAAUGGUUCCAAGCCCAGUCUGAAGGCAUCAGCCUGCAGGCCACGUCCUGCUCGGAGGAGCUGCAGCGCUGCAGGGUGAACGCCCUGGAGGCAGAGCGCCAAGUGCAGCACGACCUGAAGGACCGUCUGCAGAACUCGCGGUGUGACGCCAAGGCCCACUUUGGCGCCGAGCUGGCCCAGACGCAGACCCGCAUCAGCAACGUGGAGGAGCAGCUGUCUGAGAUCCCGGCGGACCUGGAGCGGCAGAACCAGGAGUACCAGGUGCUGCUGGAUGUCCAGGCCCGGCUGGAGGGUGAGAUUGCCACAUACUGGAACCUUCGAGGUCUGCAAGCUUCCUCAGGCCUCCUGUGGGUCCUGCUCAUCACCUCGAGGCUGACAAACUCCUCAGCCAGAGGCGCCAGAAAAUAG